UUUACUCAUGUAAUCCUCAGUUCAAGCUACCUUGCUGUGACUGAUGAUCAGAAACGAUGGCUUGUGGUAGGAAUUGCACUCAACAAGAUCCUUAUACCACAGAUACGUCCAUUUGUAGAAAAAGGAGUUAAUGUUGAGUACGACAACCUAAAGAUCAGCCACAGAAUACAUGUUCAGGGCCCACAUGGUCGUCUUCAGAGGUGGCCUGCCUCCUCCAAAAACUUGUUGAAAUAUGAGAACAUCAAUGGAAAUGUUUCUCGUCCAAGGCUUCAUGGUGGAAAAUUCAAUUAUUCUUCGUUUGAUUGUCAGGUAAAGUCCCAUGUGGACUUUGCCAAGCUGUAUGUCCAGGGGUACAUGGCGAAGUUCACUGCCUUUGAUGAUCACUGUGAUGCAUCAGCUGUGUUGUCUUUGCUUGGUGGGGUUCCUAUAUUCUCUGCUGCUGCAAGCUCUGCAGGUGAUGUCAGAAUAGCAAGGAAUGAUUGGGCUCACUGUGCCUUUGGAAAAUGGAAUCCAGUCAAAUUUCAGAAAAGUUUCACUGAUAUGGAACAACUGGUCAAGAACAUGGUCCUGCCUCCUGUAAAUGAAAGAGAGCUUCUUGUAGAACUAAAAGACUGGGAAACAAAAGGUAAUCUGUUAAUUAUCUUUAUAUAUUGACAGAAGAUAUUUUUUAUGUAAACUCUGUUUUUUAAGGUUUAAGAGGGAGGUGCAUUGUGGACUGUUCAUGAUUUAUGGCAGAUUGUGGUAUUAUCUCUGUGUCUAAACUCUGAUAUGUUUUCACUUGACAGUCAAGAAAUGAUAAAAAAAUGAAAUUUUGCAUUCACUUAGUAAAUUUUUUUUGUGGCUAAUGUUGAGCAGGUCAUUGUCUGAUAUAUUGAUGGAACUGACUUAGGAACUGAUAACAUCCUUUUUGGUGCACUUUCCAUCCAGAUAUUGGGCUGGAAAUAAAGAACCUAUUUUUCAGUAUUUGGAGGCAGACAUAUAUUUAGUACAUUUGUAUUUCAUGAUAUCUUUGUUACUAUUCAGCGUUCUGAGUUGGGAAAAGGGUGUCACAGGAUUGUUAUAGAUCAAUCAAUAUCAGUCAAUCAAUAUUUUUUAUUUUACCACCGGCAAUUCAUCAGUUAUUCAAAAUGAUUUUGUCAUUCUUGCCCUGUUAAGGACCAUUAAUCUCCAGUGUUUACACUUACAUUAAUCUCCAAUUGUUUACACUGUUAAGUGUACCAAAACAAUACAGUGAAAGUGAUGACAGUAAUGUGCUCCUUACAUGUACAUAAAUAUCUUCCUGUGCACCAAUAAAUUUGGUGUGUUUCAUUUUAUGUGUGGCAUAAUGCUCUAUAAUUGUCUUUAAAUGUCAGCAUGAGGUAUAAGUGUACCAUUUUAGUUUUAAUUUACUUAGACUGCCUUGUCCUCUUUGCAUUUAUUAAUUUUGCUGUAGGAGUACAUCUUUGCAUGAAUUCUCCGGUAGACCCUGCAUUGCUGCAAGUGGUUCAGCAGGAGCUUAAGUCACUUCAAGAUGUGGUGGAUAACAUGUGCUUAGAAUUAAACCAAAAGAAGACUAAGAUUCAACAUGAGCUGCGAAGUAUUGCAGUUACCUUGAAUUAUAUGGAAAAGAGACUUCAGAGGUUAGAGAUAGGACAACGGAAUCUGGAGAGCCAUGUUGAUCAAACUGACAGCAGACUGGAUAAAAUAGAAGGUGCUUUUAAAUAAUCUAAAUAUGAAAUGAAAUGAGUUGUUCCAAUUGUGAUUAAAUUAUGAAUAUGUUAUUGCACUGAAGAGUUUUAAAUUAAGAAUGGAAGAAUUUUCAAAAACAGCAAAUCAAUGCAAGCAGAGUCCUCAAUUAAGGGUUUUUAAUGUUGGAUAUUUCUUAUUUAUGCAUAAAACAAAACCACUGAUGUGUACUCAACUGGAUGUAACAAUCAAAUGUACUUUCUCUUGGUUUACUUGUCAGCUUAUGAAUUUGUAUCUUCUCAAAAACAGUUUAUUGAUGAAUUGUAAUUCAUCAUGCUCAAACUCAUCUGAUAAUUGCUUUAUCAACUCUGUUAAAAACAAAAUUACUGGUAUUUAUUAUUUAUGAAUGAGGGGUUACAUGGAAUUGAAGCUUUCUAGUUUUUAAGAUUUAAUGUUUUAAUCUGGACUACUAUUCUCUUUUCCUCAUCUUUUGACAUUUUCUUGGUGUUGCAGAGCGCAUACAUGAGAAGAUGGAGAAGCUUGAGAGUGGUCAGCAGACUACAGAGAGUCGCACUGUCCAAAUUGAGGAUAACAUUUACCAACUCCGAGGUGUCUAAUUUGGUUUUGCAUUAUAUUGUGAAUUAUCAAUUAAACCUUGUGUCUGUAUUAUCUGCCUCAGCCAAACUAUGGAAUGGCAGCUGUCUCAUUUUUUAAAUUUUAUCAUUUAAUCUGGACAUUAUUCUGUUUUCCUCAUCUUUUGACAUUUUCCUGGUGUUGUAGGGCACAUACAAGAGAGAAUGGAGAAGCUUGAGAGUGGUCAGCAGACCACAGAGAGUCACACUUUCCAUAUUGAAGAUAAUAUUCACCAACUGCAAGGUGAAUUUUUUGAUUUAAAACAAACAGGUCUUCCAUUUCUUCGUUUCCUGACAACAAAACAAAAACAUUGAGUGCUCAAUACCUUAACCAAUCAAAUGUCCAUGAAAGAAUUAAGUAAAUAAACUACUGCUUCUUUAAUUGAUACUGGUUUGAGUUGAGUGACCUCUGAAUGCUUAUAUUGUAAUAAAUAUGAACAAGCAUAUUGUCUUCCUUAAUACAGAACAAAUGGAUGACUUGGUUAAAUCAAAAGAAGCAGAUUUAAAAAGAUCAUGCCAGGAAAGUCCAGAGACAGCUGGUAGGUUAUCCACAAUAAGUACAAUCAUUAUUCUUACUGACCUAAUUGAGAGUAUUUGGUCCAUCAUGGAAGUCUAACAGUGUCAUCAGGAUGGGUACAUGAUUGUUUUGUUGAGAAAUCAUCUUUUUGUUUAUGAGAAAAUAAUAAAUUAUCUUGGUCUUCUUGUAUCCACUUUUUUCCUUUUUCAUUUCAUUUCCUUGGAUGUCAAGAUGCCUAUGAUGAAAACUGACAUGCCACACCUGUAUUUUUGACUGAAUUAAAUAAUUUUUAUUGCCUUUCUUUAUUUAAAGUGAAACUGUGAAAUUGCAUGCUUGCCUACUGAAAAUAUCAUUGACAAAUUACCUUUUUAUGAAACAUAAAAGGUAUUAUUUAUAUUGAUACUGAAGUCUUUAACCUAACAAUUUCAUUGACUUCAUUAUUUUGAAGUCUUCUUUUAAAGAAUUUCCGUAUUAGAAUGUAAUCGCUCGUGACUUGCUUGUUUUGUGUCAACGGUACAUAUUUGCUUUUUACCUCGGUGUGGUGUAGAAGGUGAUUGACUUUUACUAAGCAGUAGUUGUUUGUUUUCCCAGUCUUUCCACAGAAAUUUGUAGAGCUCAUUAAACGAAAAUACAAAGGUGCUGUACUGUGUCCCUUUCCUUGGUGUGAAGAUGAACUACAACUGCAACUUUCCAAGGUUUUUACAAGAGUGAAGAUAGUUGAAAAGAAGAAAGAACGAGCCAGAAGAACAAAGGAAAUCGUCCCAAUGACAGAUGCGUUUCGAUCACAUGAAGAAUGUAAAGAGCCCAGAGUGGUGCUGAUUGAAGGGGAACCUGGAAUAGGAAAAACCACUUGCUGUCAGAAGCUUGCAUAUGAUUGGUCUGUGGAGAGUAUAUCAGCCGAGGCCCGUUUUCCUAAAGUGAAGAUGCUACUUCUGUUGAAGUGCCGAGACAUGAAGACUGCUGACAUUGAAGAAGCUAUUGAUGAUCAGCUGUUGCCACUUGAUGCCGAAGAGAAGGAGAAGGAAAACUUCUUCCGUUUUAUCCGCCAAAAUCAAUCGAGGAUCCUACUGGUUCUUGACGGACUGGAUGAAUUAAGUGAGACUGUAUAUGAAGGAUUGUUACCUUUGAUUCAAGGGAGAAUCUUUCCUAGUACUUACCUCAUGCUAACAGCCCGCCAUGAAUUAGGAAUGAAGGUGCGACGUGAAUGUGAUACGCUUCUUGAGGUUGUUGGUUACACCGAGGAGGAUGCUGACACCUACAUUGAGAAGUACUUCAGAGAUCACGAUGAUCCAAGUCUUGCGAAGAAACUCAUUAAGAAUUUAAGGAAGAAUCCUCAGCUAAGGGAAUUAACUGCCAAUCCACUUAACACUGCUCUUCUGUGCCUAAUUUUUGAAGAUGCGCAGGGAAAACUCCCUUACAAUAAAACCAUGUUGUAUUAUGAAAUUGUUUCAUGUGCCCUAAUGAGAAAUUUUCAAAAAAAGGGGAUCCCUUUGGUGAACGCAGAUCCAAUCGAGGUAUGUUCAGAGCAGCUGAAUCAGUUGGGUGAGUUGGCGCUUGAAGCCUUGGUUAGAGAUCAGUUGUAUUUUACCACAGAAAAGCUGCGAGGUCAUUCAACUGAAUUUCUCGACUUCGGUCUUCUUUCUCGAGAAGCCAGUGCAAGUAAAAUCAGACCGAAGCCAAGUUAUGCAUUUACCCACAAGACCUUUCAGGAAUAUUUCGCAGCAUUUCACGUAGCCCAUGAACUGCUGACUGGUGGUAAGGACAAGGCUGCCUUGCUUACUCACCUCACUCCUCCGGAUAAGUACUGGCCGGUGUGGGAAUUCCUGAUCACAAUGGUAUCAAAGAAAAGUGAUGAUGUGGCUGUUUUUUUGGUGUCAAGUUUGUGUGCUUCAUUCCAGAACAAAAUGCCAGAGCACUUUGGCCUCCAUUAUUACUACGAACCGGAGGAGGAAGCUAGCGAUGACGAAGAUGAUUCGGCGGACAGUUAUCCUGGUCAACAGUACGACAACGAAAUUUAUUCGGGCGACUGGGAUUCCGAUGACGACCUUGAUGAUGAUCUUACCGCAUCCGAUGUCGACAUUGACAACCGUCACGAUUACGGGUUUGAUGCUAACGUUUGCAGAGACGAUUCAUUUGACUGGCCUACAAAGUUGAUAGAAUGGUCAAAACCAAUUGAGGAAGAUGUCGUCACCAACACAAUUUUUGUCAUUGCUCAAUGCGAACAACCUGAAGGUGAGCUAAAGGAUUACCAGAAGAAAAUGGCAUCUGAACUGGCACGCUGCUUUCCGCUGGAUAAAUUAACAGUUAGCCAUUGGCAUACUCAUGAUGGCUCGUUCUUCGCCCGUCGUUAUUUUCAAGUUUUCUCUGAAUAUCUUAAGGUCCAUUGCCAGUUGACAGGUUUACUUUGGAUUGCUGAGUUAAAUGAAGUAGCAUUAGCAACCAUUGAACACAUCCUUCGAUCAAGUAAUACGCUGACUUACUUACAUUUGUGUGAUGAUUUACGCAGCACGUCACUCACACCGGCUCUUCAAGCAAAUCGCACAUUGACGCAUCUCAACCUUCGCAAUGCCAGGAUCCGUAUUGCAGGAGCUAAAGCACUUGGAGAGGUUCUUCGACUGAAUUGCACUCUGACACAUGUGAGUUUACCUGGUAACGCUAUAAGUCAUAUUGGAGCAGAAGCUAUCGCGAAAGGCCUCGAGUUUAAUAACGUGUUGGUGCAUUUGGAUAUAAGAGAUAACUGGAUCGGUGAUCAAGGUGCUGUGGCAUUUGCUAAAGCUUUUGAGUCAAAUUCUACUUUGAAGUAUUUUGAUGUAGGUAUAGUUAUAGAACAGCAAUCCAAACCUGAUAUGUAUCGCCCAAAGUCUGACUUUGAUGACGUAAAAACUGACUGGAUUCGUGAUUCAGGAAUAAAAGCAAUUGCAAAGUCUCUUCGAUCAAAUUGUUCGCUGACUUAUUUAGAUGUUCAAGGAAAUCCCUUUUGUGACUCAACAGCAGCAGCUCUUGGAGAAGCCCUACGAUCAAAUUGUACUCUCAGUCGUUUGUAUUUGAAAGGCUCACGGAUGUUCCCCCUAAUAGGAAGAUUGGAAAGUCAGUUCGGCAAGUUAGCAGCAGCAGCCUUUAAAAGAGCACUUCAGUCACGUGUUACCAAGGUUACCCAUUUAGACUUGUGUCGAACUUCGAUAACGUCUUCAUGUGUGAUAAUGCUUGCAGAGGCUCUCCAGUCCAAUACAACUCUUGUCUGUUUGGAUUUGAGUUGGAACAACAUUGAUUCAUUUGGUGCCGCAGCCAUUGCGAACGGACUGAAGUCAAAUCGGACCUUGACACAUUUGCAGCUGAGAGGAAACCAUAUCAGUGAUGCAGGUGCUGCUCAAUUUGCACAGUGUCUACGGUCUAAUGGUUCUCUCGUGUAUUUGGAUUUGAUUAGCAACAGCAUUAAGUAUUUAGGCGCCGCAGCCAUUGCGAAGGCGCUGAAAUCAAAUACGACUUUGACACAUUUGCAGCUGGGAUGGAACGAAGUGGGCGAUAUGGGAGCAAUGGAAUUUGCGGACACUCUUCAAUGUAACAAAGCUUUGGUCUUCCUCAGCCUUAAAUGUAACCAGUUUAGUAAAUCAGGCAGAAAUAUGCUUAAACAGAUCAAACCGCUCAUUAGCUGCGCGUUGAGGAUUUAA